AUGACCCCCACUCCCGCCAGUCAAGAAAAGUGCUUCGUCAAAUCAACCAAACCAGACGAACCAACAAUCCACGCGCUCUUCGAACCAAACACCUCAACAUGGCAAUACAUCGUCGUCGACCCUUCCUCGCUAGAAGGCGUGAUCAUCGACCCAGUCCUCGACUACGACCGCGCAACCCAGACCAUAACAACGAACAGCGCAGACGGGAUCCUCAAGACCGUCAAAGAGAACGGCUACAGGAUCGCUAUGAUCCUCGAAACGCACAUCCAUGCAGACCAUAUCACUGCGGCAUCGUAUCUGCAGAACCAACUUUCCCAGUCUCAGGGACUUGAACCGGUAAUCGGUAUUGGGAAGCGCAUCGAGCAAGUCCAGACCUUGUUUGGUGGGCGCUAUGGGGUUUCCGAGGCCGAGUAUAAAGGUAUCUUUGGGAAGUACUUUAAUGACGACGAGGGGUUUAAGAUUGGAUCGUUGGAUGCUUCUGUUAUGCAUCUUCCGGGACAUACCCCGGAUCAUGUUGGAUAUCGGAUUGGAGAAAACGUCUUUUGCGGCGACUCCAUCUUCCACGCAGACAUCGGAACAGCACGAUGUGACUUCCCAGGAGGAAGUGCAAGGGAUAUGUUCCACUCAGGACGUAAACUAUUAACUCUACAAGACGGCGUCAAAAUCUGGACUGGGCACGACUAUCCCCCACAAGACCGGGCGGGUCCGAGUCCGUAUAUGAAUGUGCGCGAGCACAGAAAGCACAAUAAACACCUGAUGGAUGGGACGACGUUAGAGGAGUAUGUGAGAAUGCGAGGCGAGAGGGACGCCGCUAUGGCGGAGCCCAGGCUGCUUCAUCCGGCGCUGCAGGUGAAUAUUCGGGCUGGACGAUUGCCGGAGAAGACGGGCUCUGGGUAUCGGCUUUUGCAUUUGCCGCUGAAGUGGGAUAGCCCGAUACCUAAGUAA